GCGCCGGCAGGUUACGUUUUUCACGGUGGACUGGUGGUGUGCGCAGUGGUCAGUGAGAGAUAUCUCGGUCUCGUGUUCGUAGCCGAGGAUGACCGCGAAGACAGCGACUGUUUGCCGGUCAAGAUCCAUGUUGAACAAUGUGGGAGUCUUGCUUCUGUCCCUGGAGCAAGUCCUUGCCACCGAGGCGUCGUCUCAAGAAUGUGGAUUGCACGUUGCCGAAGGAGAGGGACCGACGACAACUGAAGAAUGUCCAGUGAAAGUGGUCUUGGUGGGAGACACCCGAUGCGGGAAGACUUCUCUCGCAGCGCGAUUUAUCACGGACGGAUUCACAGAGUUGUACACACCAACAGGAUUCGAGCGCUAUUCCACCUCCUAUGACGUUGGGGAACAGCGCAUCAACUACUCCGUUUGGGACACGUCAGGUGCAUCAGGGUACGACAACGUGCGGCCUCUAGUGUACGUAGACACUAGUGUCUUCCUUCUCUGCUUCGAUGUGGGUUGUCCUGAGUCCCUAGAAAAUGUCACCAAAAAGUGGCACCCAGAAGUGAAGAAGCAUUGCCCUUCGGCUGCCGUUGUCCUGGUGGGAUGCAAGAGCGAUGCGCGUCUGAAGCCCCGUGUACCUUGCGUCAGUCCAGACGAGGCACUCGAGGCGACAGAAAUGUUAGGUGCCGCCGCCUACGUGGAAACGAGUGCCCGAUGUGCCCCUCGUAGCGUCAGGGACGCUUGGCGCACUGCCGCUCUAGCAGCUCUUGGAAGGCUACACCAGAAGACAGCUUCGUCUCAAACGCUGGGCAGGAACACAAGAGUCAGCCAUGAGAAGCACAAAAAUUGUGUCCUCAUGUGAGUGUGCGUGUGUGACGGCGAACCUUCUGGAACUAGUCAUGUUCUCCGAGAGACACUGGCGUGCUCGGAAAAAUUGUGUACGGAGUGCAUUGUGUUUGCGUGUGCGUUUCGGUGUGAUACAGAGAUUGAUGCCAUAAGGUGUGAAAGUCGCGGUGCGGAAAGUCUAUGGCAGAGCAUGA